AUGCUAAAACUUUCCCAACUCAUAGACGCCAAACGGCGGGAUAGUUCCGACACCAUGGGAGAACCCUCUGUUCUCUCUCGUCCACCACCGCAGUCUCCCAUCACCACUGGCACUUCGACUCCCGUCUCACCCGCUGUCUCCCUCUUCUCCGCCAAAGGUCAUACGCGCUUCUCCAGUUCCGUCUCCUCCCUCGUUUCGUCCCCAGGACCGAGCAAUUCUAUGGACAUCCCUUCGCGCAACCCCUUGACCGGUGUGAAGGAAGAACCCAGUGGGGCUCCGGCGAGGGAUCUCGAGGAAGAAUACUUCCAACAUUUUGACCAAGGUCUGUCAAUAGUUGAAGAUUCCUACCUUGCCUCCAUGGAUUAUUCCAGCGGCUACGACUUCUCCGAUGCCAACAUGGAUCCCUCCCAUUCCCCCAAGAAAAGACGUUCCGAUAGCGUGUCUACCAAAGGUCUGUCGCGCAUUGGCUCGCGGAUAUCGACGAUAUCGACUCGUUUCAAAUCCAAACGUGCCUCCGAUGAGCUGGAUGGUGCUGAUGGGUUUGCUGCGGGACUGCGGUCUCGCACGAAUUCAUCGUCCUCCGCCUUUGUUACCGUUCCGGGGCUCUCGAUGAGUCAAGUGAAUUCCAUUGCCAUUCCUCCUUCCCCUGCACGCACAAUAUUCGAAGAGCGGAUGAGCGAGUCGGGGACCCAGCCGAUUGAUAUUGUCAAAGCCAACAGCCAGAGCCAGGACGAGUCUGCGCCUCAAGCCACCACGCCGCUGCUCCCCCCAUUCAUGGGCGAUGAGCCGUUGUGUCCUACGGCCUCACGCGUUCACUCGCCCCUGCAAUCGCCUUCGGUGGCAGAUAUGUCCGAUGAGAUUGCAGAUGUCACCGCCCAGCAGGACGGACGUUUGGCUGGACUUCCUUCGCCUCCGUUGUCGACCAAACCCUCCGUCGCCUCGUUCAGCCGUCCUCGUGCUGGCACCACCCGGACUGUGUCCGGCGAGACGCCCACGUUCAUUCUCUCCGAUCCGAACGAUGAGUGGGCAAACAAACUUGGCCACGCCAAUUUCACUAUUCAGCCUGAGCCGUACGUGCCCGAGGUCUACGACUUGGAGUCUUUCCACCAACUGCGCGCCCAGUGGGAUCUUGCGCAAUGUAACUUCGCCAAGCAUCUUGUGCGCACCGGAGAGCAUUACGGGAUCACUUCCAACAUCUACAAGCUCACGGAAGAAAAGUGGGAGGCUAUCAACAAUGAGUGGAAGCGCCAUCACGAAGCGAUGGUAUCUCAACUAGAGAUCACCGAUGGACCCCAACUGGGCCUCAUCAAGUCCCACCGCGAUCCGUGCGAACAGCUCAAAAUCCCACGUCUUCACGAUGAAAAGUUUCCUGAGUUGGGAGACGGCGAGAUUGUCGGUCCCAUGAAAAUCGCACCCGCGACCAGCACCUCUGGGCUGUGUCGGAGCCCAUCGCUGAAGCGAAGCUUUUUCAAAUUCUUCCAGGAUCUGGUAUCCCGAUCAUAG